GAAACCCAAAACAAAAAGACACGGGUUAUUGCACACAAUGAUCCUCUCAUAGGCUAGCUUUAUUUUAUCAUAUAAUUCUAUUUUGAAAUAUAAUAUUAAAGUAAUAACAAUAAUAAUAUCACCAUUCUUAAAAAAGAAAGAGACGAAAAAAGAAAAGGAUUAAGAAGAAAUAAAUGAUUAAACUUAUUCUCUAAAUCCGAAAAGAUUCCAUUUCUUUUUCCUCCUUAAAAACUCCUAAAAAUUCAAGGAACUGCGAGAAUCAUACUUGUAUUUCUCUUGAUAAAAACAACAAUCAAUAGUUAUUAAAUAAAUCAUCAAUGAUGGGUCACAUGCAUAGUCAAAAUAUUAGACACAAUUCAAUGAGAUGAAGAAAAUAGUGAAAGAGUCAAAGUCUUCACAAUUUAUGAAAACCAAACCCCAAAUUGAACUUUCAAAAACUUACAACCAAAGAAAACCAAACCAACAAAUAAAUAUAAUUAAAAGAAGAAAAAACACAUACACACAAAGCCUCCAUUGACAAUGGAUGAAGUGAAGCUCCAUGAAAAUUGGUUAAGCCUUUCCGCAUGCAGAGUCAUUUGGGCUCUGUCCCUCAAAGACAUACCCUACCAAUAUGUAGAAGAAGAAGGUAUCACCAACAAAACUCCUUUCCUUCCUUAUUCUAACUCCCUUCACCAUAAGGUCUCCCUCAUCGUCCACGGAAAAUCGAUAUCCGACUCCUCUGUUAUUCUCGAAUACAUUGACGAGACGUGGCCGCAAAACCCCUUACUCCCUCCCGAUCUCCUCGACAAAGCUACGGCUCGGUUUUGGAUUCGGUUCAUUGAUGAUAAGGGGGCGGCUAUAUCGAGAAUGUUCUACCCGGGCGGGAAGGAACAAGGGGCGAAGGAGGAAAGCUUAGAGAUGCUGCGAAUCUUAGAAGAGGAAGUGAUCGGCGAGGGAAAAUUCUUCGGCGGAGAGAAGAUGGGGAUAGUGGACUUGGCAUUCGGACAAUUUGUAGAGUGGUUGGGAGUGUUUGAAGAAGUAACCGGAGAGAAAUUGUUGGAAUCGGGCUCAUUUCCUCGGCUAGAAGCUUGGAGCAGAGCUUUCAUGGCAGUUCCGGCGAUCAGAGAGAAUCGCACGGAUCGAAAUCGGAUGGUGGAGAAUAUCAAACGUUUUAGGGUUCCAAAAACCCAACAUCGUUCUUCGUUGGAUCCAUCCAAUGAUAUGAAGAACGUUGUUGGGUGUUUGGAGCUCUUUGUAUGUUUUUGUGAACUCGUUUCUACCGUUGCCAGGUUUUUCUAAAACGUUUUUGUAUUUUGUAAAAUAAGCUCUUAGGAUCCAUUUAUGUUUACAUAUAAAGUUUGGUUAUUUCUGGA